AUGCUCCGAAACCUAAUCCUGCUCGCCUUCCUGGCGGCAUCUGCUCUUGCCAUCCUCCCCAACCAUUAUCAUUUCAAAGAUAAACUCAACAAGGCCGCCCGUCUAUCAACCGGAAAUGCCAAUGUACCAGUCACCACUGCAUACAUGAUCCAGAACUUGGACCACUAUAAUGGAAAUGCAUCUGGAACAUUCAUUCAAAGAUACUAUUAUACCGAAUCGUACACUUUGCAUCAAAGAACUGCAUUCUUGUACAUCUCAGUGUCUGGAGACUUUGAGACUAGUGUAAUCACGGAUGAUAGAAAUCCAGUCGUGAAGAGUGCGAAACAAUUUGGAGCUACUGUAUUCUCAUUAGAGCACAGAUACUAUGGACAGUCGAAACCAAAUGUUGCCAACUUUGACUCCAACAGUCUCCGUUACCUUAACUCCUUCCAAGCCAUCCAAGACAUCGUUGCCUUCAUUAAAUAUGCCAACAAGCAAUUCAACAUGGAUCCAGAUGUUAGAUGGGUUCUCUGGGGUGCUGGAUACGGUGGUGUCAUUGCUGCAGAAGCUAGAAAAUGGAACCCAGAUGUUGUCGCUGGAGUUAUUGCAAGUUCCAGUCCUCUGACUCAUGUUUAUGACUUCUGGCAAUUCAACGACCACGUACAAAUAGCUAUCAGUCAAGAGGGAGGGCAGCUUUGUUAUCAGAAAAUUAUGCAAGGAUUUACGGAUAUUCGUCUAGCCAUGAGAACUCCUGAAGGGAGAUCGAACAUUUCGGAUUUGUUCCAGUUGAAUCCAAGACUUGAUCAGACUAAUUUGACCUACAAUGACAUUCAAACUUUCUAUCUUGCUAUCAUGUCCCCAUUUCAAGAGAUGAUCCAAUUCAAUAACGAUUUCAACAUUGACAUUGGUGCCCUCUGCACAACCAUCGACCAAAGUACCUGGACCCCGAUGCAAGUCAUCUGGCAAGCGUAUGUGUACUUGAGUACCACAGUCACUGGGUCCGUUCAACCAAUGAUAACCUCUUAUCAAACUAUCGUUAGCGAUCUUGGAAACCAGAGUGCAAGCUCUCCGAACAUUGACAAUCGCAUGUGGCAAUACCAAAUGUGCACUGAAUUUGGAUGGAUUCCAACAACAAAUAAUAAUGAGCAAGGAUUGUUUGGAGCCGUUAUCCCAACUAGUCUCUUCCUGAACAUGUGCUUCGACAUCUUCCCCGGAGCCAACAUGGACGCCACUACGAUUCGUGAUUUGACUAUCGACUACAACCAUUACUAUGGAUCAUCUUAUGACUAUUCUGGAACCAAUGUGGUGUUCACCAAUGGAUGGUAUGAUCCAUGGAGCACUCUUGGAAAGGAGACCACUGCUGAUUUCUCAGUUGUUGCUUACGUGAUUCCUGGAGCUUCAUGGGCUAGCGAUAUGUUCCCAGGAAGUACCAAUAACACUUUUAUCAUUAAUGCUCAUCGGUUGAUGGCUGAGAAUAUCAAUAUUUGGGUCAAUGGACCGAAGAAUCCAAAGACUUUCGUUAACACAACAAUUCCAUGGACUCGCCCAGCAUGGGGAGAGUUCGCCAUCUUUGAAGAGACUACACUCAAGGAGGAUGUCGAAGCUAGAUUCACCGCACUUGGAGAUGAUGUUCCAUCCAAGAAGACGUUCCCAGAACCUCGAUUCAAGAAGGUGUUUCUUGGAAGACCACCCCACGGUUUCCUUCCAGAACCUGACUACGAAAUGCCUGCCGAUAUGCCACCAGGAUUCGAGCAAGGAAUGUUCAGACAAAGAGAAAAUCAUUUUGACAACAGGAAUCCAGAUUUCUUCCAACAAAAGUUCUACAAAAAUUCGCAAUGGGCACAACCAGGAGGUCCAAACUUCUUGAUGAUUGGAGGAGAAGGACCAGAGGGACCAAGAUGGGUGUUGAACGAGAAUCUUACUUGGUUGACUUAUGCAAAGAAGUAUGGAGCAACGGUGUUUAUUUUGGAGCACCGAUUCUAUGGAGACAGUUUGGUUGGACAGAACAACGACAACUUCAACGUUCUGACGUCUCUUCAAAUGCUCUACGAUCUCGCUGAGUUCAUCAAGGCCGUGAACAUCAGAACUGGAACUUCGGCCCCGUGGAUCACAUUCGGAGGAUCUUACUCUGGAGCCAUGUCUGCCUGGAUGAGAGAAGUGUUCCCAGAACUUGUUAUUGGAGCUGUUGCCUCUUCCGGACCAGUUUUUGCCAAAACAGAUUUCUAUGAAUAUCUUAUGGUUGUUGAGAAAUCGAUCCGAACUUAUGACAAAACUUGUGCAGAUAGAAUUCAAUCUGGAUUUAGUACCAUGCAAACUAUGUUCCAGACAAAGGAAGGACGCCAAAACCUGUCAGAUAUCUUCCAACUUCAGCCACCAUUCGGAGAUAACGUCACUGAUACUGAUCAGCAUUAUUUCUUCUCAAACAUCUAUGGAAACUUCCAAGGAGCCGUGCAGUAUUCUGGUGACAAUACUGGACCAUACGCCAACGGAUACGGUAUCCCAGAUAUGUGCAAAUUCAUGACAAACGACUCGAACACUCCAUUGAACAAUAUCGUGCAGUUCAAUGAGUACAUGACCGUUUUCUACAAUAAUGGUAGAAAUUAUACAGGAACAGACAACAAGUAUCAGGAUAUGAUUGACUCUCUUGUCCAUGCUCAAGAGAGUGGACCGGAAUCCGCGGCUUCGUUGUUGUGGACAUGGCAAACGUGUAAUGAGUUUGGAUACUUCCAAUCGGCAGAUACUGGAAAUGGAAUCUUCGGAUCACCAACUCCAGUCAAUAUGUUCGUUCAAAUGUGCAUGGACGUCUUCGGCUCCACCUACCAGAGAAUCUUCAUUGACAAUCAAAUCGCACAGACAAACUACAAAUACGGAGAACGUCAACACUACAGAGGUACCAAUGUUGUGUUCCCUAACGGAAACGUGGAUCCAUGGCACGCUUUGGGUCUUUAUGGUUCGGCUGACGACUCAGUUGUGGCCUACUUGAUCAACGGAACCGCCCAUUGUGCAGAUAUGUAUCCAGCGAGAGCAGCUGAUGUUCCGGGACUCAAAGUGGUCAGAGAUAUCAUUGACACAAAUAUUGGAAAGUGGUUGAGCCAAGCCAAUGCAGGAACUACUACUGGUGUUCCUUCUACAGCUAAUCCAGCAACUGGUGCUCCUUCUAAACCUACUGUAGCAACUGGUGGUCCAGCAACGUCUACAGCUACUCCAGCUGCUCCUGUAACAAACACAACUACAGCUCCAACUGCGAGCUCGGCAACUGGCAGCCCAAGUACAUCUCCUGCCACUGUUCAGACAUCCACCAAAUCUGCAGCGACUUCAACAGUUAUUCUUUCGUUUAUUGCCGUAUUUGCUACUUAUCUCUUGUAA